AUGAGCAAUCAGCAGAAUUACCAAUAUUACUCAAGCAAUGCAACUCCAGAGCCGAAGAAUAUCCUCAAGAGAGGAUAUCAAUCAAAAUUAAAAGCGAAAGCGACCAAUAAGUUAGCUAAUUCUGGAAAUUUUACAUCCCGAGGCUUUCAAGGGCACUUAACUGCUGAAAAUUCCUAUCAGAAGGACUUUAAUAGGACAUUUCAGUGUAGAAGGCCUCGAAAGUCUUGAAACAAAAUAAAAUAUAAAGUAAUCAAGAAUUCAAAAAGACAUCAUAAAGGGAUCAAACUAAUAAGGACCUCCUUAAAUCUCGCUGUAACCUCUUGGUCAACCAAGGAGUUUUCAAGGUUUGCGACUAAGCAGCGGGUUAAUAAGGAGAAGUCCAAGGUGUCUCUUUUCAGCAAGAUAAAGGCCCAUUCAAAGUCUAUAAAUAAAUCCAACUUCUGCCUUGCAAAAUUUGGGGAACGCUCGUCUAUAUCAAACAUUUCACAUCAGGACGAGCAGCGACCAUUGAAAGGAGCCAGUACGAACGUUUUUGAGGACGAGGCAGAUAUUUCUGAAGGCCUUCCAGAGCUUCAUGAUAGCCCAGAUCCUAAACUAAAGAUCAACAAAUCCGAGAAAUAUGAGCCUUAUAACAAGACAAAUAGAAGUUAUGGGAAAUAGUGAUGCCAUAGAGAAUUCCAUUGAGAGGAUCACUAGGGAUGAACCCUCUGUCAAAAUCACUGAAGGACUGAGCGACACUGGAAGUCUAUACUUUAAGACAGCUUCGAACGCUAUUUCUAGAGAAAAGGAGAUUACUACAAAUGUUACAGAGACAGAUAGAAGGCACUCUACUAGAAUGUACUCUAAACUGAAGCAGCUGAGAGAGAAAGCCCUCCUUGGCUUUCUCCCAGACCAGCAGCUUAUGUUUGUGCUGAGAUCUAACUCCGAGACUUUUUCAAAAUAUAUAAACUUAGCUGAUUUAUUUCAUCGCAACCAGGAAAUAAAUUCACCGCCUUCUAAAACCAGGGCUAUCGACUCAAAAGGAGUUAUUGGUGGCAAAAAAAUAGAUUUAAGCUGAAGUAAUUCAAAUGACAAGAAUAACUCUAAGACUGAGUGUGUUUCUCAUUCUGAAGAACAGAAGGGUCAAGACAUUUUAAAUCUGCCAUAUAACUCCGACCAGAAUGCCUCUGUUGAUAAAAGAUCAAGAAAAGCCUCCUGAAAGGCUAAUGAUUCAUUGAAAACCCCUGAGUAUAAUAUUUUGACUAAGAAAAUGAGUCGCAAGGCUCCUCUUCUUGGGUCAAACAAGAAGUCUCCAGGGCUAGUAGCCCUGGAUAUGACUCAGAUUAAUCAAAAUUCAUCAGAGGAGCUUAGCCCUUCUGACCAGAUCCAGAUACCCUUGCCAUCAAUGACUUGUUCUAAGCGUCUGAAUCAUGUUAAAAGCAGCCUAAAUUUCUCACAUGCUGUCGAGCAAUCUCAGAAUGGUGGAGAAUAUUUAUUGGGCUUAAGUCACUCCAAACCAACAGUUAAAAAAUGCCAUUCGAUAAGGAAAAAGAACCAAAAUUGCUCCUUAGGAAUGAAAAAUAGCAAAAGUUUUAAAAAUUUCAAACUGGGAUUGAUGCUUUCAGCACGAGUCUUCAAACCAGAGAGAAAGAGGUAUAAUGAUCAUAAAGAAGAUUUACAUCUACAAAUAAAACAGCUGAAGGAUCAACUUAUUGAAAAAAACCAGGUCAACAGUAACCUUUCAUCUGAGUUAGAUCAACUUCGUACUGAAAAUAGCGAGCUUCGGGAGUAUGUAAAUGACCUCCUCAUCCAUGAAAUCCAUCAGCUGUAAGAAGGAUCCUUACAAAGCCUUUAAGGUAUUUUUCAUAAGACAUUUU